GGGGCCGCCCCCGACGGGGCGGAGCGGACGGCCCGGCGCGCAGGGCCCGUGCGGCGCCCAGUGAGUGCCCGGGGGGGUGCGGAAGGGAUGCGUUAAAUCGCGUUUCCCUGCAAAAUCUCUGUUUUCCGGCGGCCUCUUCCCUCCCCCCCCCCCGCCCCGCGGCUGUCCGGGCAGGGCCGUCGGGGCCUUUCGGGGCGCCCUGCAGAGCCGGCGGCGGAGCGGCAGCGGAGUUGGAAGGCGGGGGACGCGGCGACCCGUCGCCCGCCGGCUCCAUGCACGAGCCGGCCGCCAGCUCCCUCCUGGAAGAGGAGCCGCUGCUCGAGGAGCCGUCGCUGAACGCGUACGGCCGGCGGAAGCCCGACGACCGCCUGAAUGGGGCCUACGCGAUCUUUUUCAUCUUGGGCAUCGGCUCCCUGCUGCCCUGGAACUUUUUCAUCACGGCGAAGCAGUACUGGAUGUACAAGCUGCAGAACUGCUCCGGCCAGCCCGGCCCGGCGGGACAGGGAGCCUCCGACCUCCGCGACUUCUUUGAGAGUUACAUCUCCAUUGCUUCGACGGUGCCCUCGGUGCUCUGCCUGAUUGGAAACUUCCUGCUUGUCAACAAGGUUCCUGCCGGCGUCCGCAUCCUCUCCUCCCUGUUCGUGAUGCUGGCCGUCUUCCUGGUGAUCACGGUGCUGGUGAAGGUAGACACUUCCACCUGGACCACCCACUUCUUCGCCAUCACCAUCGUCUGCGUGGUGGUCGUCAGCAGCGCCUCCACCAUCUUCAGCAGCAGCAUGUUCGGCCUGACGAGCUGCUUCCCGAUGAAGAAUUCGCAGGCCUUGAUCUCAGGCCAGGCCAUGGGUGGCACGGUCAGCGCCAUCGCCUCCGUGAUAGACUUGGCAGCGACGGCCGACGUUACCGACAGCGCCCUGGCCUACUUCCUGACGGCAGACAUCUUCAUCGUCAUCUGCAUCAUGGUCUACCUCCUCCUUCCCAAGCUGGAGUACUCCAGGUACUACAUGAGAAGCCACAAAGAGAGCCCCUAUCUGGCAGCAGAAUCGCCCAGCAGCUCUCUAGAGGACGGGUCACAAGGCAGUGUGAACAGCUCGUUUUUAGCAAAAGGGACCCGCGCUCCAGAUAUCCCCCCGCUCCGUCCCAUCCUGAGGAAGACUGCUGUCCUGGGCUUCUGUCUCUUCUACGUCUUCUUCAUCUCCAUCAUCGUUUUCCCUUCUCUCUCCUCCAACAUAGAGUCUGUCAACAAGUCCUCCGGCAGCCCGUGGACCAACAAGUACUUUGUGCCACUCACAAGUUUCCUCCUCUACAAUUUUUCGGACUGGUGUGGGAGGCAAAUCACUGCCUGGAUCCAGGCCCCGGGCCCGAAGAGCAAGCUGCUGCCCGCUCUCGUUCUCCUGAGGACUGUCUUGCUCCCGCUGUUCAUCCUGAGCAACUACCAGCCUCGGACUCGAAUCAAAACCGUGGUCUUCAACAGAGACGUGUACCCGGUGGCCUUCACCGUGCUCCUAGGACUCAGCAACGGCUACCUGGGAACGCUAGCCAUCAUCUACGGUCCCAAGAUCAUGCCGAAAGAGUUGGCCGAGGCGGCGGGGGUGGUGAUGACGUUUUAUAUCGUGCUGGGGCUGGCGCUGGGGUCCGCCUGCUCCGUUCUCGCUGUCCACCUCAUCUAGAGGAGCCGUGGAGGGCCCCGCUUGCUGCGCGUUACUACUUCGGGGUAUUCUUUCUUUACGUUUCUAAAAGGCAAGGCAGGCGGUGUUUUUGGGGCAGACCCCAAACAGCACGGCCUUUGCAGCGUGGCCGGCAGCCUGCCUUAGCGCAUCGGUUUGGCAUCUGGGAGGAGGUCUGCUUUCAGUGAACGGGUGCUCUCUGGUCCGUUUGUGUCCCUGCAUUCAAAAGGUCUCUCAGACCUUCGUCACUCAGGGAGAUCUUAGAUUCUGCCAGUUUCUUUAAGUCGUUUCACCCCUGUGGGAAUUCAAAAAAUGUUGUUGCUUUAGAGCACCACUGAAGGAUCAGCGUAACGAUUGCACUUACAAAGCCGUGCUGGAAGAACUGAGAGUGCAAAGGAGACGGGGAGAGACCAGCUCCUUCCCUGGUGCUCAGGAAGCACCUGAACUACCUGCUCAGAGCACCAAGGCUCUCGCCAGCCCUGGCGGCUGCGGCUCUCCUGCCCACGCCCGCACCGGCAGCCGGCCGGUCCCUGCCAGGGCCCGGGGCCACCCAAGCCCUACAACAUCUCCUUUACUGUGGCUGGCGUAGCUCUGCCCUCGGGUUGUCUCACUGCCCGUGCCAGAUGCAUCUGGGAACCCUGAGCCGUUUGUGGACACUGACUUACUUAUCGAAGGAAACCGAAACGCUAAGUAGCCUUCUGUGUUUUUGAGGUGCCUUUUAUCAGUGAUGAAAAAGGUCUAUAAAAGCCAGGGUGAGUUAUUAGAAAGGCUCUGAUGUUACGCUUUCUAGGUUCGCAGUGGAAAAUCGGUUAAUCGAAGUAGACAGAUGGCAUAUGGUACCCAGAUGCUUUCAGAAGGAUGAGCUACUGUAACACCCGAAAAGAUGCCCACCCCCAAGGGGGAUUGGCUUUUAAAGUCGCUUUAAACUUACGUAUGCAAAUGCAGCCUAGGCUAAACGCAGUUGUUGUAUUUAUCUUCUCAGAUUACAUGGAUCUAUGGUCUAGGAGAGGUGAACCAAUAAGGAAGGACUUAAUUGUAUAACUUAGCAUUACAGUCAGUGACUCAGGGGAAACUAUCUAUGGGAGAUGCUUCCUUUAACUUGGCUUGGUGACUCCGAGUUAUUAGAAGAAUAUUGAACUUUUUUUUUUCCCAAGUAGGUCAUUGAUUUUAAUCCCAGGCCAGCAGCUUGUAGAGCAGGAGCAUGGUUCUCUGCCUCUGCUUCACGGCAUGCUGUGUUCAUGCAGCAGCAGAAAACCAAAUGAGAAAAACACCCAGCCCUUGCCCGUGAGCGAACGGCCACUGGUGCAGGGGAAGCAGGUGCUGUUUGACCGUGAGGCCCCCAAGGCCAGGAGCAAGGGGGACAUCUGCAAAGAGCCAAAUGCAUUCGCCGAGUGGUGGAGAGACGUUUCCGUGAUGGUUGUGCAAGGAAAAGGAGGUCCUUUCGGUGCUGCCAGUAAGGCGUUGACUUUAAAGAUCCCCCAGCAUCUCCUGCUUGGCGGCGUAUUUGUCAGGAAGAGGCUAGACUUGCCGCUGAGCCCCCAUUUCCCAACCUCCUCCUCUCAUUAGCAAGAGGUAUGGAGCGAGGAGCGGGGGCUUUCACGGAGCGCCAGCCCGCCGCUGGCUUCCAUCGCUUCCUUCGGAGAAUAAUGCGGAGCUAGCGUUUAAGGUGACUGACAGCCGUUAUUGAGACUGAGUGAAAUGCAGGCUCGAGCGUGGGGUGGUUUGUUUUUUUUUUUUUCUUUUCCCUUUCCAGUGUUUAGCUUGGGCUCAUUGGCAAAACACACACAAUUUUGCUUUAUGGGUGAUUUUUAAAACAUAAAGUCCAGACGUGAGCGGAAAAUUUACGGGGCAUGCGAUACAGAGGAAAAGCUUUAUGGCAUGGAACUUUGCGCGGCACAGGCUCUACAGAGCCGAAAUUAAUAUCACCCUUUGGUUAGGCUCUCAGCCUAAGAAGUCUGCUAUUGCCUUAUAUGCAGGACCCAGCAUGGCCAGUAAGGACACACAGCCGUCGCUGUGCUCUGGGCUCCAUCAGUUGCUCCUGUAAAAGGCUGAAAACUCACCCCCACCCUAUAUCUGCAGUCAACAGCACAGGCACUAGUAAUGGCAUUAAUAUUUCUCAGUGGUUAGAUACUUGCUGUGGAUGCAAAGGCAGUCGCGUCUCGCCUGCAAAUGUGAAACUCUUUCCAAGCUGGAAAUGCCCAGGGCUGAGCGUGAUGGGACGCUUCUCCCAGUGCCAACAGGCACGCGCAGGUGCCGUUUCCAGUACUUGUGUCUUCAGCUUCAAGUGGCCUCCAUGGGCUUUUAAAGGGAGAAACCUUCUGCUCCGUGUUUGUUUUCCUGAACUCAUAAAUUUUCCCGAGGUACCAGGUAUGAUGGGAUUCUGCUCACUUCCUGACUGCUUUGCACUUGGGCUGAUCCGCUCGGUGAUGUUACAAAGGGACACGGCUGAUUUCCUCUGGAGACACAACCUGAUGGUCUGAUACGACUGCUAAUAAAGAUGAUUCUUAAUCCUGUGUAAA